AUGGAUAUGUAUAAUGCAGCUGGUUUAUUACUUGGUUUAAGUAGUCUAUUUUCUUGGGUUGGUAUUCUACGUUAUUUAUCUUUUUUUCCUAAAUACAAUCUUUUAUUUGUAACGGUUCAAAAAACAUUACCAUUAAUUCUUCGUUUUCUUUUAUGUGCUCUUAUUAUUUAUUGUGGAUUUAUGUUUUGUGGAUGGAUUGUACUAGGUCCUUAUCAUACAAAAUUUCGAACAAUAUCAACAACAUUUGAAACAUUAUUUGCAUUAAUUAAUGGUGAUGAUAUGUAUACAACAUAUGCUAAUUUAGAAACCGAAUCGGUUUAUGUCUGGUUGUUUUCAGAAAUAUAUUUAUAUUCAUUUAUAUGUCUAUUUAUCUAUGUCGUGUCAAGUUUAGUUAUUGCAUUAAUUAUUGAUGGUUAUGAUACAGUUAAGGUAAUUUUUUUUAUUGAAUAUUCAUUUUUUUUCGAAUAUUAAACAGACUAGAAGAUAAUCAAGCUGAAGAAGCUCAUAGCUAAUAACUUUUACAAAAAGUGGACCUGCUGGUACCUCUGAUGGUUACUAUGAGCGAUAUGGCUUGUAUAGAGAUUGAUUUAGAAGUUUCUUCCUUCAUAAUAACGAUAAGAAAUCAAACUAAUUUGUGACUAGAAACUAUGAACAUUGUAACGCAGUCAAAUAUCUUCGAUAUCACACCAAGAGUUUCUAUCAACUUAGAUUAUUAUCCAUUUCAGAGGUAAGUGGCCGUGGGCAUUUUUCGAAUAAUCUGAAAACAGAAAGAGAGAGAUAACUUGAAUUUUUUGCGAAUUAUCGAGAGUCGAUAUUGCUCUAGCUUUUUACAAAAAUUAUAAAAAAAAUCCCUGUCUAUCUUUUUCAUGGAUAUGUCGUGAAUUUUGAAGAUGAGCUUAAUUCGUUUUGAAAACGAAAUACUUUCUCGACUAUAAUAUAAUGGACAGAUAGUCUGGCUUCUUCUCUAUCCAUCCGCGAAAGGCCGAAAUCGAUCACCAUUUGCAUUCAAAAGAUAUAAAGAUUUUUCUGAAAGCCAGCCACUAAGUCUUUUAAAAAUUUAAGUGUCUAUAACAUAUAUUGCCUAGUAAAAGUUUUUAGUGUUCUUCGUCUUCGUCACAUGAUUUAUUAACCAUUGAAAUGUUUUUUCUAUUGAAAAAUGUUAUCGAAAAUCAUAUGAUAGGUACUAUAAUCAUCAUUCUCAUAAUCAUUUCGAUCUUCUUCCAUCUGCUCAACAUAGAUAUCAGCCUUCUUAGAUAUUGUCUCAUAUUGUUUGGCGUAACUGAUGUAAAUGACUGCUUCAGUUGCAGUAAACUUUAUGUUUCUAUCACGUACAUAGGCUUCCAUAUUGAAUCAGGCUAGCUCGAUGCGAUGUAAGGUGCAGUGCCUCUCUCAAUAGAUGUGGAUGGAACGGUGAUUGGAAAACAACAUCGUCUAUGCUCACACUCGUACUCACAUCACUCAUCUAAAUCCAAUGAAUGCUCAUCAAACACGCUUUCUUAAGAAAAAGAAACAUUUCGAAAGUUAAUAAAUCAUGAGAUGACGACGAAAGCUACUAAAAACUUUUACAAGACAACAUGGGUGCAAUACUUACAUUUUUAAGAGACUUAGUGGAUGGGUUUCAGAAAAAUCUUUAUAUCUUUUGAAUGCAAAUGGUGAUCGAUUUCGGCCUUUCGCGGAUGGAUAGAGAAGAAGCAAGACUAUCUGUCCAUUAUAUUAUAGUC